CUGAACAAGUGUCUGCUUCUCUGCGACUGAACAAGUGUCUGCUUCUCUGCGACUUUACAGUCGCGACCCCAAGGAUUCAAAAUAGUGGGCUCAACCCGCUGAGCUGCAAAACUGCAUCUCAUUGACCUAGAGGUCUUUCAAGAUGUACAAAGGUGACAGUUAAUUGCAAGGAGUGCUAUCUAGGACGAGGAAGGGCUGGUCACAUCGCCACACCCAUCCCCGGAAUAAGCCGACAGACUGGUUGCUACAGUACCUGUGGCUGCUGCUGUAUUACUUUCUGUAUGUAUGUGCUCUGUGAGUGCCGCACAGUUCUCUCCCAUGGCUGAGCCUAAGCUUGCUUACUGCAAUGGAUCACACAAAGCACACCACCAAGGUCAUCCAAACGGGCUGUCCAAGAAGAACGGGGUGUCUAAAGUACAGCAGAAUGGAACCGCAAAUGGCCAUCUGUACAAAAAAAAUUACAAGGAGUCCUUUGAGGAAGCUCCAAUGUAUGUUGCUGUGCUCACCUACAUAGGCUUUGGCAUUAUCACGUUAUUUGGCUACCUGCGUGAUUUCAUGAGAGCUUGGGGUCUGGAGAAGUGUCACAUGGCUGAGGAAAGGGAACAGCAAAAAGACUUUGUGCCCCUCUACCAAGACUUUGAAAACUUCUAUACAAGAAAUCUUUACAUGAGAGUCCGUGACAAUUGGAACCGGCCUAUCUGCAGCGUGCCAGGACCUCAGUUUGAUCUCAUGGAGCGAUUGACGGAUGACUACAACUGGACGUACAGGUUCACUGGAAAAGUAAUUAAGGAUGUGAUAAACAUGGGGUCCUAUAACUACCUGGGGUUUGCAGAGAACAAUGAAGAGUCCCUGGGCUCAGUGAAGAAUAUAUUGGAGCAAUAUGGAGCUGCCGUGUGCAGCACCAGGCAAGAAAUGGGGCACUUGGAAAAACACCAAGAGCUGGAAGAUUUAGUUGCGGAGUUCCUCGAUGCAGAUGCUGCUAUGGUAUUUAGCAUGGGUUUUGCUACUAACUCAACAAAUAUCCCAGCACUGGUUGGCAAGGGCUGCCUAAUUCUAAGUGACGAGCUGAACCACACUUCUCUGGUUCUUGGCGCCAGACUUUCCGGAGCUACCAUUCGAAUUUUCAAGCACAACAAUAUACGGAAUCUGGAGAAGUUAUUACGGGAUGCCAUAGUCAAUGGUCAGCCGCGCACCCACAGGCCUUGGAAGAAAAUCCUUAUUCUUGUUGAAGGAAUUUACAGCAUGGAAGGGUCUAUUGUCCGUCUUCCGGAGAUUGUAGCGCUAAAGAAGAAAUACAAGGCUUACUUGUACUUGGAUGAAGCGCACAGUAUUGGGGCAGUGGGAGCAACAGGACGAGGUGUGGUGGAAUAUUUUGGGGUAGACCCAUUAGACAUUGAUGUGAUGAUGGGAACAUUCACCAAAAGCUUUGGUGCCAUAGGAGGAUAUAUUGGUGGGAAAAGGGACCUUGUGGACUACUUAAGAACUCAUUCACACAGUGCACUCUAUGCGGCAUCUAUGUCUCCACCAGUGACAGAGCAGAUCAUCAGGGUGAUGAAGUGCAUUAUGGGACGCGAUGGAACACUAACCGGACUGAAAAGGGUGCAUCAGCUGGCAGAGAACACCAGAUACUUCCGACAGAGAUUGCGUGACUUAGGAUUCAUCAUUUAUGGGAAUGAAGAUUCUCCUGUUGUCCCUGUACUCCUCUACAUGCCAGGCAAAGUAGGGGCCUUUGCAAGACAUAUGCUGGAGAAGAAAAUUGGAGUUGUUGUAGUUGGGUUCCCAGCAACGCCGAUCACUGAAGCCAGAGCGAGGUUUUGCAUUUCAGCUGCACACACGAAGAAGAUGUUGGACACUGUCCUGGAUGCACUUGAUGAAAUGGGUAACUUUCUACGACUGAAGUAUUCCAGGCACUCUAGGUCAGAUCGCCCAGCCAUCUACGAUGAGACAGAUGUUGAUCUUGAUGCAUAAAACUUAUGGCUUAAUUACUGGACCUCUUUACAUUUUGGAUCACCAAAGAAGCUCUGAUAGGAUUGGUUAUAACCUGCAGUCUGCAGAUAAUGCAGUAUCCGAACUGUAACAAAACAGAGUUUUACCUAAAGCCGGUGUAUAGUUCCCAUUCUUCUCUCUUCCAUGUAUUUUAUUUACAGUAGUUUUGUUUUUACGUAAUAAAUCUAGAUCAGAACAUUUCAUGUACAAGAACUCAAUGAAAAGUUGUUAGUCAAGUGACGGUUAAAAACAAGAAUUGUGAAUUUCUACCUCUUUAUUAUUUAUAAAAUGAAGAUUUGUUUACUGUUAAAUAGUAAAAUAUAUAUAUAAAUAUAAAUUGUAGGGACAUGUCACAACAAUAUGCCAAUUGGGAUUAUAUAGUGCUUUCAGAACUCUGAAAUUGCAGUAUUAACAUAGUUCACUUGUAAGUAAUGAACAGAAAUUAAAAAAGUUGUACUAAUAUUUGGACUUAUCAAUAAGAUACACAGUAGAAAGAGAGAAGAGAAAAGACAUUAUACAGCUGUCACACUGAGAACAUUUCCAGCUAGCGGUGUACAGUGGCCUAAGAUAUACCUCAGAGCAUUUACAUGUGCCAAAAUAGUCCCGCCUCCUAUCCACCCAAACUCCGCCCGAUCUGUCAAAACCCCACUCUAAUCUAGCCCAGGAAUCAGGACCAUACUGUCCUGCGAAAAUCGGAAUGGAUAGGAGGUAUGCCUAAGGUAUAAUUACUGUCCUGUAAAAAUAUAAUAUAGGCUGAUGCCUUCCAUAGAAACUUUUCUAUAAGAAUAUAGAAUGGGAUAUAUGAUAAAUAACUACUUACUGAAUUACAACACAUCAAUGGAUGCUAGACUGUGCUUAUCCUAGUAACAGAUGGCUUAGUGCAAUGAUUGAGGGCUCAUUCUCACCACUCUGCUGCUAACACACUUUUCAUUCGCUAGUGCCGGAUAAGCGCAUGCAUAUAAAGUAUAGUGGUUUUUAUUUGUUGGGGUUUUUUUACUUCAUUUCCCAGAGUAAUAUGUGUGACAAAGCCCUGGAGAUUGUUUUAUCCAAGCCUUAUUUAUAUUUAUUUUUCUUUCUAAUGUAUAAGUCCUAUUCAUUAGACAGGGUUUAAUAGAGAAACUUUGGUUAGGUGUAGACCUCUAGCCAGGAGGCCAAAGAGAAUGGUUUUGUUUGGGGUAGGGGUGUUCCUGCUUAUAUUGCCACCCACCCAUUUAUCUUUUGUAAGCCUUAAAUAAACGGCGCAUAUAGCAAGACAUAAAGAUGUGAGGUACACAAUGAUUUGUUGUUCAAAUACAUUUAAAAAGCUUGUUAUAAAAUGUAGAUAUAAUUUAAUGAUCUCUUAUUUUUUAUGUGUUUUUUUUUACCAAGGAAUGAUAUGAAAUUAGACUAUGGUCUAGAAAUGGUAGAUACGGACCCCAUAUAUUUUUGAUCAAAUUAGCUUAACUUGCUUGGUGAAUUCCUUUAUUAAGAAAUCCAUCCCAGAACAAUAUGGGGCCAAUGCAGAGUUGAAUUCAAGUUGACUUCAAUUGUGCUGGCAUUGCGUGUAUGGUGGAAAAUGCAGAUAAUCGCAUUUAUGCGACCACACAGUCUCUAUCUAUGUGUUUGAUAUCAUAGCCAUCAUUAACAGUGCUGUCUUGCAUCGGCCGUAACCUUUGGUGCAAGAGACUAGUCUGAAAAUGAGCAAGGCUUCUGCAUAGAUCAUAAUUCCACGCAUAGGCCCACGUCUCAGCACCCUGUUACCAGUCAGAUAUGCCAACAUAAUUGGAAAUGUGACUGGGAUGAAUCACUGGUUGAUAGAAAAAAAAAAAUGUAAAUAUCUUAAUAUACAUUAAAACCCCAAGCUUGGGUCUGCAUCCAAUAACAUUGGAACACAUAAGGAAUAUAACAUAGUUUAUUACAAGCCAACACAUAUUGUAGAAACGGGUUCGGUAUGCUAUCCCGGUGGUCAUGAUGCUGGCGAUCACAUUACUGAUACUGGCAUUCCGAUAUUGGAGAUCCCGACGGCGGAGAGGGUAAGUAUUUUUGCCCCCUCCCCAUACACACACCCCUACCCUGACUCUUCGGGGGUGGCGGCUAGGGCUAACCUUUGGGUGGUGGAGGCUAGGGAUAAUCCCCUAGUGCCUAACACCCUCCCCCCCCCCCUUGUGCCUAAGCCCGACCCCCCUACACCAUGGGCCCUAACGCUAUAGGUCUCCCAAGUGUUGUCGGGAUUCCGCCGUCUGUCACAUGACCGCCAGCAUUCUGUCAAUAGGGAUGCCGAACCCAUCCCAUAUAAACAUUGUCUCACAUUUUAUCCAUGGUACAAGAUCACUAGAUGUUUGUGAAGGAUAUUGGCACAAAAGGAGGCUCGUAACUGCCAUCUUGCAGUGCCAAACCACCACCCUCCUCCCCAUGACCACUCCCCAAGUGAUCUAAGCCCAGUCCCUUCCAUUAUACCUUGCGCACACACUUUUAUAUUUGUAUUGUGAAAGGAUUAAAACACUAUAAUAAAAUUGUCAGGCUAUCUCUGGAAGAAGAUACAAUAAGAGGCUUGUGGACCAAAGACAAAAACAGGGGUCUUCUAGUGAAUGGGAUGUUCUGAUGGCAGGCUCUUAUUAGAUGGGGUUAAAUAAUAUUCUACAUAAAUCAGGAAUUCUUUAUAUAAUGAUGCUGCUAUUUUUACAUUAGAACAUAAAUUAAAAGACGAAAUAGGAAUAGUGUGCCUCUAAAUAAUCAGUAUUGCCUGUCUGCAACUCACAUCUUAAUGUUUGAUAGUGAACGCAGUCCAGCAGAGACCUUCUGCAUUGACUGGCAGAGCAUGAGGAGUAUUGUAGGUCUAACUUUUUCACUAGAAAGCAUUGAGUGUACUAUAUAUAGAACACAAAAGCUUAAUAAUGACUCAAGGGGUGUUUUUGUUCGAUAAACAUGAUCACCUUUCCGAGGAUUUUAGUAUAGUCAACCCCCCCUCCCCCCACUUCCACCCCCGUAACAUCUUUCCCUCAUUGUGCUAUUCUGUCAAGUGAGUGAUUCUUAUUUCACCAUUUUACACAUAGACCAAUAUCCAAUUAGCCGCGGCUACUUUCACCAUUUUACACACAGACCAAUAUCCAAUUAGCCGCGGCUACUUAGCACGCCCCGGGCUAUCAUAUUGGCCCCAGUAUCAGCGCUUAUCAGGGAUUUUGUUUCUCCUGUAAAUCCCUGAUAAGUGAUCAUUUUUACCGCUAUAGGUGCCGCAAAGCUCAUAGGUCCACUGCUUUUUGCGGACUCUGUGUUUUUGUGCGACACAGGGUAAUUAGCUGCAUGAAACAAACGGGCUGUAAUUGGAUAGCCCGAAUUGGCCAUCAAGGCUGUUAUAAUGAUAAAAGCCGGUUGUUGUUUUUUGGCAAAUGAAUGCAGCUCAUAGGAGAAUACCCUCCUUAAUUUUUCAAGUUGACUUUUAUUUUCUUCUAUAUGAUGCUUUUAAUGUGAAAUGAUUGUACAUCAAAUAGCUAAACUUUCAUGUGUCGGAGGUAUUUUUGCUAGCUGUUUAUAUUUGUUGGUUGAGAGGCAGAAAAAGCUUUGAUGAUAACGUUGGUGCAAGGUUCAGAGAGUGCUAGAAUUUGCCCAUUCAUGUGACAAGUACCUGUUAUGCACUGAAGAUUUUGUAUGUUCGAUAUGCGUGUACCUACAGUAUGGUACAUGAAUCAGUUCUACGGAACGGUUAGUAAGGAUGUACUUCUGUGAAAUACAUGUUUGGUUGUUAAUAUUAUUUUAGGGUGGUUUUUUUUUUUUUUUGCGCUUGUUUUUUAAAUGCAUUUGAUCUUUCCUUGUUCAUUGCAAUGUGCAUAUUUAACAUUUAAGUUAAACAAGUGCAUGAUCUUAAACCUGCCCUUUGCGCUAGCAGAAGGCAAUGGUGCCAAAUCUAGAAAGGUUCCCUCCAAAAACAACCUAAAUUCUGAGUUAAGCCCGAUACACUAGUGAUAUAUUGGGGAAAUCCCUGAUCCCCUGAUGAUCGUGUUGAGGGAUCGGGGAUUUUACACAUGUUAAAGAAUCCCUAUCCCUUGAUCUCGACGGGAAUCGGACAUUUAUGACAUGCUUAAUUUCCCAGAUCCCCUGACAGCUUGCUGAUGAACGGCACAUCCAGUUGGUGGAUUGGCGGUGUCGGGGGAUCGAGCCGGGGGGGCUGGAGUACAUAAUUUCUUACAAUUUGGAUCAAACCUACAAACUCCAAUUUCUAGUGUAGAAAGGCCCAAGUUUAACAUUGAUAGAACUGUGUGUAGCGGCAAUCCAGGCUGAGUGGCAGCUUGUGUGUGUGUGUGUAUGUAUAUCUUGUUUUCGUCAGCAACCAAACCAUACAAAGAGAGAAAAAUUAUUUUGUUUCUUGACUAAAUUCUGCAUUGUGACAUGGUCAGUGAAGCUGCAGAAUGGCCCUCAUUCCGAGUUGUUCGCUCGCUACCUGCUUUUAGCAGCCGUGCAAACGCUAAGCCGCCGCCCACUGGGAGUGUAUCUUAGCUUAGCAGAAGUGCGAACGAAAGGAUCGCAGCGCUGCAUCAAAAAAAGAUUGUGCAGUUUCUGAGUAGCUCGAGAUCUACGCCUAACUUGCGAUCACUUCAAAAUACAGGUUGAGUAUCCCAUAUCCAAAUAUUCCGAAAUACGGAAUGUUCCGAAAUAUGGACUUUUUUGAGUGAGAGUGAGAUAGUGAAACCUUUGUUUUCUGAUGGCUCAAUGUACACAAACUUUGUUUAAUACCCAAAGUUAUUAAAAAUAUUGUAUUAAAUGACCUUCAGGCUGUGUGUAUAAGGUGUAUAUGAAACAUAAAUUAAUUGUGUGAAUGUACACACACUUUGUUUAAUGCACAAAGUUAUAAAAAAUAUUGGCAAAAAUGAUCUUCAGGCUGUGUGUAUAAGGUGUAUAUGUAACAUAAAUGCAUUCUGUGCUUAGACUUGGGUCCCAUCACCAUGAUAUCUCAUUAUGGUAUGUAAUUAUUCCAAACUACGGAAAAAUCCCAUAUCCAAAUUACCUCUGGUCCCAAGCAUUUUGGAUAAGGGAGACUCAACCUGUAUUUAGUUCCUGUUUUGACGUCCCGAACAUGCCCUGCGUUCGGCCAGUCACGCCUACGUUUUCCCAGCCACUCCUGCGUUUUUAACUGGCACGCCUGCGUUUUUUCACGCACUCCCCGAAAACAGUCAGUUACCUCCCAGAAACACCCACUUCCUGUCAAUCACUCUGCGGCCAGCAGUGCGACUGAAAAGCGUCGCUAGAGCUUGUGUAAAACUGCAUCGGCUUUUGUGAAAGUACGACGCGCGUGCGCAAUGCGCCCCAUACGCAAACGCAGAAUUGCCAUUUUUUUGGCCUGAUCGCUGCGCUGCGAACGAAAGCAGCUAGCGAUCAACUUGGAAUGAGGGCCAUUGUUCCAUGUAAAAAAGAUGUGGUUAAUGAAUGUGGAGAAGAUUAAAGUGCCUACAUUGAUAGAAAUCAAGCCCAAAUAUUUGCUGUAAAUAUUUGCUGAAAUAUGGGGGGGGGGGGAACACAAAUUACAAUUUUCCUGGUGGGCCGAAUUAACAUAAGGCACCAAAUGUUACUUCCCCUGUAGUCUGACAUUUUCAUGAUGAAUAUAACAGACCCGAUCAAAACACCUUGUGUACUGCAUGGAUGGUCCCUGUUUCGUGUUGUCAUAGUCCCUCCUCUGUGAAGUUACAGUACUUCAAUGAGAAGAUCCUAUGGGAGGGGCCUUGACAACCACAGUAUUGCUGUGAAUAGAUAUAGCAGAGCAGUAGUGAGUAUGGCUGCCAUAGGGUUGGAACAGGGUGUACUGUAGUAAGGGGCACUGACUUCCUAGAUGGACCACCACAAUCAGAGAGUAGUGCUGCAUGCUGGCCCCAGGAACACUAGAGGGCUUACUACCACAUAUUUUGGGGUUCAAGGCAUCCUCUUCCCCCGCACACACACACACCCUAUUGGUCCGGUGCCUAGCUGUUCAUUGCAGACUCGUAGAGUACUGUAGCCAAGUUGCUUGCUUGGCAAUCAGGAGCAUGGCCACGCCCCCUUCUGCAGUCCAGUCUACUGGGUACAUGGAGCAGCUGUGAGUAGAGAACUAGUGAUUCUGCAGCACUAUACAAUUAUCUGGCCGAUAUCGGAAGAUCACUCAGAUAAUUGCACAGUGUAUGUGUGCAACCAAUGCGAAAAUAUCGAUUAGUCGGACAUGCCGGAUCAUACAGCAGUGUCCAUCCGAUGCAAUAAUUUGUAGUUGCAAGUCGUCCGCAUUGGGCAGUGUAAGCACCAACUGGCAUUUGUCUACUCCACCGGGGAGGAACCCAGAUAUCCCGUGCACAUACACUUGGAGAUAUCUGAGUGUGCGCCCAUGAUAUCUGAUGGUUGUGAGGCUGUCAGAUAAAUCUGCUUACUAUGUGUGCCCCGCUUUAGUUAUAUUGUGCUGCUGGAGGGGGAGUUGGGUUGGAGUCCCUACUACUUACUUGUUUGUAAGUAUGUAAAUGGCAUAAAACUAAGUGUUAUAAAUACGAUAACCUAAUAAAUUAUGGAAACGUUUGUUUUCUCUCCUGUAAUUACAUGCCGAAGAAUUUUUGAGGUUCUGUACUGUAUAUGCUGCAUUGUUGUACUGGAGAAAAGUGAUAGAAUUGUAGUGUAAUCCUGGUUAUGUUGUGUUAUGUUAUUUGGUUCCUUUUUCGCUAAUAAUGGCAAUUAGGUGCGCCCUGAACCGGGUAAAAUAUGCUCAUCGCUCUAAAAGCUUAGCGGCAAAGAUUCCAAAAGCUGCCAUGUAAUGACGUUACCAAAAAGGUCAGUUUUCCUGAUUUAUUUGCAUAUUGUAAUUGGCAAAUAAUACAAAAAGAAUUAGAAUUCCCUAACUCUUCUCAUGUUUCAAUAAAGUUUAAGAGCUACUCAGAUGCUAUAUGAAAAGAUCUGAAUAACAUUUGUUAUUAUAACUAUAAUUAGGGGUAAAAAUAAUAAGAUUUUACUUACCGGUAAAUCUAUUUCUCGUAGUCCGUAGUGGAUGCUGGGGACUCCGUAAGGACCAUGGGGAUAGAGGGGCUCCGCAGGAGACAUGGGCACUUUAAGAAAGAAUUUGGAUACUGGUGUGCACUGGCUCCUCCCUCUAUGCCCCUCCUCCAGACCUCAGUUAGAGAAACUGUGCCCAGAAGAGCUGACAGUACAGGGAAAGGAUUUUGGUAAUCCAGGGCAAGAUUCAUACCAGCCACACCAAUCACACCGUAUAACAUGUGAUAACAACCAGUUAACAGUAAGACAAAUAACAGCAUCAGGUCAAACCCUGAUGCAACCAUACCUUAACCCUUAUUGAAGCAAUAACUAUAUACAAGUAUUGCAGAAGAAGUCCGCACUUGGGACGGGCGCCCAGCAUCCACUACGGACUACGAGAAAUAGAUUUACCGGUAAGUAAAAUCUUAUUUUCUCUAACGUCCUAGUGGAUGCUGGGGACUCCGUAAGGACCAUGGGGAUUAUACCAAAGCUCCCAAACGGGCGGGAGAGUGCGGAUGACUCUGCAGCACCGGUUGAGCAAACACAAGGUCCUCCUCAGCUAGGGUAUCAAACUUGUAGAACUUUGCAAAAGUGUUUGAACCUGACCAAGUAGCCACUCGGCAAAGCUGUAAUGCCGAGACCCCUCGGGCAGCCGCCCAAGAAGAGCCCACCUUCCUAGUGGAAUGGGCCUUAACUGAUUGUUGCAGCGGCAAUCCAGCCGCAGAAUAAGCCUGCUGAAUCGUGUUACAGAUCCAGCGAGCAAUAGUUUGCUUUGAAGCAGGAGCACCAAGCUUGUUGGAAGCAUACAAGAUAAACAAAGACUCUGUUUUCCUGACCCUAGCCGUUCUGGCUACAUAAACCUUCAAAGCCCUGACCACAUCAAGUAACUCAGAAUCCUCCAAGUCAGUAGUAGCCACAGGCACCACAAUAGGUUGGUUUAUAUGAAAGGAUGAAACCACUUUCAGCAGAAAUUGUGGACGGGUCCGCAAUUCUGCUCUAUCCGCAUGGAAAACCAGAUAGGGGCUUUUAUGUGACAAAGCCGCCAACUCUGACACACGUCUAGCCGAAGCCAAGGCUAAUAGCAUGACCACCUUCCACGUGAGAUAUUUCAACUCCACCGUUUUGAGUGGUUCAAACCAGUGGGAUUUCAGGAAACUCAACACCACGUUAAGAUCCCAAGGUGCCACUGGAGGCACAAAAGGGGGCUGAAUAUGCAGCACUCCCUUUACAAACGUCUGAACUUCAGGUAGAGAAGCCAACUCCUUUUGAAAGAAAAUGGAUAGGGCCGAAAUCUGGACCUUAAUGGAACCCAAUUUUAGGCCCAAAUUCACUCCGGACUGUAGGAAGUGAAGGAAACGGCCCAGCUGGAAUUCCUCCGUAGGAGCAUUCCUGGCCUCACACCAAGCCACAUAUUUUCGCCAUAUACGGUGAUAAUGUUGAGCCGUCACGUCCUUCCUAGCCUUUAUCAGUGUAGGAAUGACCUCAUCCGGAAUGCCUUUCUCUGCUAGGAUCCGGCGUUCAACCGCCAUGCCGUCAAACGCAGCCGCGGUAAGUCUUGGAACAGACAGGGCCCCUGUUGCAACAAGUCCUGUCUUAGAGGAAGAGGCCACGGGUCCUCUGUGAGCAUUUCUUGCAGAUCUGGAUACUAAGUCCUUCAUGGCCAAUCUGGAACAAUGAGUAUUGUUCUCACUCCUCUUUUUCUUAUUAUCCUCAGCACCUUGGGUAUGAGAGGAAGAGGAGGAAAUACAUAGACCGUCUGGAACACCCACGGUGUCACCAGGGCGUCUACAGCUAUCGCCUGAGGGUCUCUUUACCUGGCGCAAUACCUCUGUAGUUUUUUGUUGAGGCGGGAUGCCAUCAUGUCCACCUGUGGCAGUUCCCACCGACUUGUAAUCUGUGCGAAGACUUCCUGAUGAAGUCCCCACUCCCAGUUGUCCACUCCCGGGAGGAACACUGCUGGCAGUGCGCUUACGUGAUUCUCCGCCCAGCGAAGAAUUCUGGUGGCUUCCGCCAUCGCCACUCUGCUCCUUGUGCCGCCUUGGCGGUUUACAUGAGCCACUGCGGUGAUGUUGUCUGACUGAAUCAGAACCGGUUGGUCGCGAAGCAGGGUCUCCGCUUGACGUAGGGCGUUGUAUAUGGCCCUUAGUUCCAGGAUGUUGAUGUGAAGGCAAGUCUCUUGACUUGACCACAGACCUUGGAAAUUUCUUCCCUGUGUGACUGCACCCCAACCUCGGAGGCUCGCGUCCGUGGUCACCAGGACCCAGUCCUGAAUGCCGAAUCUGCGGCCCUCGAGAAGGUGAGCGCUCUGUAGCCACCACAGGAGUGACACCCUGGCCCUGGGGGAUAGGGUGAUUAACCGAUGCAUCUGAAGAUGUUAUCCGGACCACUUGUCCAGUAAGUCCCAUUGAAAAGUCCACGCAUGGAACCUGCCGAAGGGAAUGGCCUCGUAUGAUGCCACCAUCUUUCCCAGGACACGAGUGCAGUGAUGCACUGACACCUGUUGUGGUUUUAAUAGGUUCCUGACCAGUGUCAUGAGUUCCUGAGCUUUCUCCAUCGGGAGAUACACCCUUUUCUGGUCUGUGUCUAGAAUCAUGCCCAGGAAAGGCAGACGAGUCGUAGGAACCAACUGCGACUUUGGAAUAUUUAGAAUCCAGCCGUGUUGCCGUAACACUUCCAGAGAAAGUGCUACGCUGAUCAGCAACUGCUCUCUUGAUCUCACUUUUAUGAGGAGAUCGUCCAAGUAUGGGAUAAUUGUGACUCCUUGCUUCCGCAGGAGUACCAUCAUUUCCGCCAUUACCUUGACCAAACGGCAACGUCUGAAAUUGGUAAUGACAAUCCUGUACCACAAAUCUGAGGUAUGCCUGAUGAGGUGGAUAAAUGGGGACAUGAAGGUAUGCAUCCUUUAUGUCUAGAGACACCAUAAAAUCCCCCCCUUCCAGGCUUGCGAUGACCGCUCUCAGCGAUUCCAUCUUGAACUUGAACCUUUUCAGGUAUAUGUUCAGGGAUUUUAAAUUCAAUAUGGGUCUGACCGAACCGUCCGGUUUCGGGACUACAAACAUGGUUGAAUAAUAACCCCUUCCUUGUUGAAGGAGGGGAACCUUGACCACCACCUGUUGAAGAUACAAUUUGUGAAUUGCAGUUAACACUAUUUCCCUCUCGUGCGGGGAAGCUGGCAGGGCCGAUUUGAGGUAUCGGUGAGGGGGCAUCUCCCCGAAUUCCAGCUUGUAUCCCUGAGACACAAUAUCUAUUGCCCAGGGAUCCAACUGGGAGUGAACCCACUUGUGGCUGAAAUUUCGAAGACGUGCACCCACCGGGACUAGCUCCGCUUUUGGAGCCCCAGCGUCAUGCGGUGGAUUUUGUAGAGGCCGGGGAGGACUUCUGUUCCUGGGAACUAGCUGUGUUGUGCAGCUUCUUUCCUCUGCCCCUGCCUCUGGCAAGAAAGGACGCACCUCGGACUUUCUUGUUUUUCUGUGAUCGAAAGGACUGCAUUUGAUAAUACGGUGCUCUCUUAGGCUGUGAGGAAACAUACGGCAAAAAAUUUGACUUUCCAGCAGUAGCUGUGGAGACCAGGUCCGAGAGACCCUCCCCAAACAAUUCCUCACCCUUUUUAAGGUAAAACCUCCAUAUGCCUUUUUGAGUCGGCAUCACCUGUCCGUUGCCGAGUCCACAGGACCCUUCUGGCAGAAAUUGACAUAGCAUUUAUUCUAGAACCCAGUAGACUAAUGUCUCUUUGAGCAUCUCUCAUAUAUAGGACAGCGUCUUUAAUAUGCCCCAAGGUCAACAAUAUAGUAUCCUUGUCUAAGGUAUCAAUUUCCUGAGACACGGUAUCCGUCCAUGCUGCUACAGCACUACACACCCAGGCCGACGCGAUCGCCGGCCUCAGUAAGGUACCUGAAUGUGUAUAAAUGGACUUCAGGGUAACCUCCUGUUUGCGAUCUGCAGCAUCUUUGAGGGUAGCCGUAUCCUGUGACGGCAGGGCUACCUUCUUGGAUAAGCGUGUUAAAGCUUUGUCCACCUUAUUGGAGGAUUCCCAGCGUAACCUGUCCGUUGGCGGGAAAGGAUACGCCAUAAGUAUCCUUUUGGAAAUCGGCAGUUUUUUAUCUGGAGAUUCCCAAGCCUUUUCACAUAACUCAUUUAGCUCGUGUGAGGGGGGAAGGUUACCUCCUGCUUCUUUUCCCCAUACAUAUGUACCCUCUUGUCAGGGACUGGGAUUUCCUCUGUGAUGUGCAACACAUCCUUAAUUGCUAUAAUCGUAUAACGGAUGGAUUUAGCCAAUUUUGGCUGUAACUUUGCAUCAUCGUAAUCGACACUGGAGUCAGAAUCCAUGUCGGUAUCUGUGUCAACAAUUUGGCAUAGUGGGCGCUUCUGAGACCCUGACGGCCUCUGGGACAUAGGAUCAGGCACGGGUUGGGACCCUGACUGUCCUGAGGCUUCAGCUUUUUCUAACCUUUUAUGCAAGGAAUUAACAUUAUCAUUUAAAACCUUCCACAUAUCCAUCCAAUCAGGUUUCGGCGCCAUCGGUGGAGACACCACAUUCACUUGCUCCCGCUCUGCUUCCACAUAGCCUUCCUCAUCAGACAUGUCGACACAAGCGUACCGACACACCACACACACAGGGAAUGCCCUUUUUGAAGACAGUUCCCCCACAAGGCCCUUAGGAGAGACAGAGAGAGAGUAUGCCAGCACACACCCCAGCGCUAUAAACCCAGGAAUAUCACAGUAACUUAAUGUUAACCCAGUAGCUGCGGUUUAUAUAUUGUUUUUUGCGCCUAAUUAUGUGCCCCCCCUCUCUUUUUACCUUCUUCUACCGUGUAUCUGCAGGGGAGAGCCUGGGGAGCUUCCUCUCAGCGGAGCUGUGGAGAAAAAAUGGUGCUGGUGAGUGCUGAGAAAGAAGCUCCGCCCCCUCGGCGGCGGGCUUCUGUCCCGCUUAAAUAUGCAAUUUUUUGGCGGGGGCUCAUACAUAUAUACAGUGCCCAGCUGUAUAUAUGUUUAACUUUUGCCAAAAGAGGUCCCAAAUGCUGCCCAGGGCGCCCCCUGCGCCCUGCACCCUUACAGUGACCGGAGUAUGUGAGGUGUGUGGGAGCAAUGGCGCACAGCUGCAGUGCUGUGCGUUACCUCAGUGAAGAACGGAGUCUUCUGCCGCCUGUGAAGUCUUCUUUGCUCCUCAUACUCACCCGGCUUCUGUCUUCCGGCUCUGCGAGGGGGACGGCGGCGCGGCUCUGGGAUCGGACGGCGAGGGUGAGAUCCUGCGUACGAUCCCUCUGGAGCUAAUGGUGUCCAGUAGCCUAAGAAGCAGGAAAAAAGCAAUUGGUUUCCCCAGCACCCUGAAUGAUAACAGUAACCAGAUAUAAAUCCCACAUGAUUCUGGUGUUUUGGGGUGCCACACCCUGCACCUAGAUAUAGCGCUAGGGACCCCAAAUAUACAGAGAGGCCUUGAUGCGGCUUUGGGGCUUAACCACACAUUUGCGCAAAUAUAUGUAACGAAGAUCUCUGAAUUCUAUUAUCAUGUGGGAUUUAUAUCUGGUUACUGUUAUCAUUCAGGGUGCUGGGGAAACCAAUUGCUUUUUUUCUUGCUCAGAAAUACCCCUUCCUUUCGAGCACCUGAAUGAUAUCACUAAGCUAAUUGAGCAUUUACCAAUCUAUAUGCCUAAGAAGCAGGACCUAGCUUCAGAGAGUAGGGCUGCUUCUCUCCCCUCAGUCCCACGAUGCAGGGAGUCUGUUGCCAGCAGAGCUCCCUGAAAAUAAAAAAACCUAACAAAAUACUUUCUCUCAGCAAACUCAGGAGAGCUCACUGAAAAGCACCCAGCUCGUCUGGGCACAGUAUCAAACUGAGGUCUGGAGGAGGGGCAUAGAGGGAGGAGCCAGUGCACACCAGAACCUAAAUUCUUUCUUAAAGUGCCCAUGUCUCCUGCGGAGCCAGUCUAUCCCCAUGGUACUUAGAGUCCCCAGCAUCCACUAGGACGUUAGAGAAAUAACAUUUCUGUAGAAUUGAAGACAUAUGCGCAGUGUUGGAUUUGGGUUGGGGGCUUCACAGUAAUUGAAGUACUGAAAAACCUUUUGUUUCUAUAGCCACAAAAAACUUUCUUUAUACAUGCUACAUUUCUUUACCCACUAAAAUAAAGUAAUAUGCAAUUAAACCAGGGAGGCCUACUAAAAAUGAGGAUUGGUUGCACUAAAUGUAUGGGCAGAAUGUAGAUUGAAGUCGGCUUCAUCUUUCUAGUAAUACCUAAAGGACCACUAAGCCUAAUGUGCAAGUUGUUUUAUUUAAAGCAAACACUAAGGAGCAGAUUCAAUUACUCGCUAUGUUUACCGCACAGGUAAAGCUCCAGGUUUAAUUCCCUGAGUUAUUCAGUUAUUCUGCAUUUUCCCCAGGUGGAAAACCUGCGGAUAACACGCGGUUACCCACAUAUUCUGUGUUAAGUGACAGAAUCUAUGGGUUUUCCCGCGCAUUAAGCCCCAGAGGGUGCAUUUAACAGAGAUUUGUCCUCCCAGCUCCUGAGGCUACGAGGAAACAUCUGCGUUAAUUGGACCAUCUUAGCUUAACAUGCGGGGGAGUAGCUUCUGUUUGAAUCGCUCAGGGCAGAGCGAUUUAGCCGAGUGUAAAUCCCAGGCGAUAAUCUAAUCUACCCCAUGAGUGUUGAAAUAUAGGGGUCUAUUCAUGAAGCAGUGAAAAGUAUGGAGAAGUGAGCCGGUGGAGAAGUUGCCUAUGGCAACUAAUCAGCAUUGAUGUAACAUUUAUAAUUUGUAUACUAUAAAAUUAUACAGAGCAGCUGAUUGGUUGCCAUGGGCAACUUCUCCACUUGAUCACUUCUCUACUCUUUUCACUGCUUCAUGAAUAGACGCCGUAAAUAUUUAAGUUCUCUCACACUGAUAGGACUUUGCUGCUGAAUUUACAAUUGCUUUUCAGGUGGAUGCAAAUCAUUGGUCUAUAAUCCAAUGCUUGUGUCAUUUAAUAACCUUAAAGCUUGAAAUGUUUAUCCUGGAAAACAUUUCUUAUAAUUACAGCGUUAUCUUCCAUAUUUUCAGUUCUGAUGAGUUCUUACAUAUUUUAUUGUAGGUCAAGUGAUCCCUCUUUUUACAUGUUUAACGGACAAUCAAUGUUAUUCUCAUAAGUAAACAAUUUCAUACAGUACCAGCAUUUUAAGAUUUCAUUUUUAACUUAUUUAUAAUGUUUUAAAUGUGUUAAAAGCAUUGCACAAUCUUAGAACAGUUUAUAUAAUAUAUACGUAUAUUUUCUUAACAAAAGCACUACUUUUGUAAAUCUU